AUGGGACUCAGACUAGUGUUGUCAUCUGAGAAGAAAAAGCCGCCACUUCCAUCCCAAUUUACGCAACUACCUUCAGAAGAAUAUAUGAUACGAAGAAUACUCCAUGGCUGUUACUUGGGACAAGAACCGACUUUUCGAACUUAUCAUACUGGUGUCACACGGAAACGCAUUUUACCCGUUCAAUUUUAUGGAUCUAAUGACGACACAAAGAGAAAAGAGUUGGAUUGGACCAGAGUAACAAAAUGCAAUGUUGGAUUGGCAUUAUUCAGAUUGGAUGCGUUGGAGAAGGAAGAUUUGAUGAGCGGUGAUAGUGGUGGGAACGGAGGGAAAAAAGAUAAAGAACAAGUCCGAAAAGGAGAUGAAUUUAGAGUGAGGCCAAAGUUAGAAGCACAAAGAGAGUGA